AUGGCUGCCAUCGCUCCCUCGACUGCAGCGGCCUACGGCGCGGUCUCACGCCUUACCAGUGGACGUGCAAGUCCUGCUCGCUUUGCGCUUUUCGCAAGCGGGAGCUUCCAGACGGCGGUAGGGGACACGGUUGGCGUUAGCCAGUCGAGUGCGUCGCGCGUUGUGGCAGAAGUUACUGACGCCCUGUGCUCGCUCGCUGCGGAGCACAUACGCUUCCCGGCGACACUGAGGGCUGCUAAUGCUUCCGCCAUCGCCUUCUCGCAGAUCGCACAGUUCCCCAAGGUCCUGGGAUGCAUAGAUGGCACACAUGUGCAAAUCAAGCCUCCUAAGGACCAGGAACACGUGUUCAGGAACAGGAAAGGCCUGUACUCGAUCAAUGUACAGGCUAUCUGCAAUGCUGAAGGUGCAAUCACACAGCUGACGUCAAGGUGGCCCGGCAGCACUCACGACAUUGUUUGGGCCAACUGCGACCUGCGGAGGUGCUUCGAAAGAGGGGAAUUGCCUGACGGCUGGUUGCUAGGUGACUCUGGGUAUGCCUUAGAGCCAUGGCUGCUCACCCCUCUAAGGUCUGCGGCUGGCCCAGCGGAGCAACGCUAUAAUGCAGCCCAUACCCGGACGAGGCAGGUCAUUGAGCGAACCUUUGGAAUCCUCAAGGGACGCUUCGGUGCCUGCACCAAUCCGGGUGUUCUGCAAUAUAGCCCAUCAAUGUGCGCCAGAAUAGUGGUGGCAUGUGCGGUGCUGCACAACAUGUGUGUCCGGCAUGGCAUUGGCCUCGACGCUACUGAUGAUGACCCUGUUUUCGACGAGGGCGGGGAUGACCCUGAGCCACCACGCAUGCAAGAAGACACAGCAGCUGGGAUUGCCGUACGUCGCCGGGUUAUCGAGGCCAUGCAUUCAUUGGCUGUGCAGACGUAAUGACAUGACAACGGACAGUCAUCAUCAUGUGCUCUGUGGCUCAAGCAAGGGUGACAGAUGAACAGGGACUACCAGUGACUGUUCCGGGCUCUUCACUGCACAAGUCAAAUUGAAAAGUACAUCACAAUGACUGGAAAACUUUCAAUUGUACGGCGGCUACUGGUGUGCAUGCACUUCAGGCUUUGAGCAGCAUAUUGUGCUGUAGUUCCUUGCACUUCAGUAUGAAAAUGUGUUCCAUUUAUUGCGCUCUGAAAGCAAAGUGCCCAGCAACCUCGCAUUUUCCGCUCACAGAGUAGCUGCCGUGGUCGGCAAUCUAAACUCCUUUCAUGCUUGGUGCUGCAACCCAGUAGCUGCGAAGCCAGCACCGUGGGCCAUUUUUUUCAUUUUUUACUUUGUUGCUGAAGAAGGACACGCACAGCAUAAAUGAACUUCUGUAAACUCUGGAGCACGUAUCUCUGUGAAAUACGACCCUUACUGUUUCAUAUGUGCACUUUUCUCUGCUUUGUCUCCUGUAGUAUAAUGUUAUCCCGCUGCCUGCCUGUAUUCCCUUACAAUGGAGCUCUCUGUACAAACUGUUUAUGUAUUUUCAUGUACCAUUUACCUGAGCAAGCUUCCUUGCAAUGUCAAUAGUUUCUCAUAUCUGCAGCACUUUGCUCACGCUUUUGCUGAAUUAUUUGCAGCUGUGCAGGUAAUUAACUCUACCGUGCGUCUACUUGUGCUCUUUAAUGCAUCUGUACCAUGGUUCACCCAGCAGGUGGAAUAAUGGCGUGCUUUAGUUGCAAAGCAAGCGACUUCUAGGAGGUUGUGAGGCUCAGGAAAUAUUUUGGUGAUCGCUACUAUGACUGCGUUCUGAUAAGCUAUGGUAGCUCCAUGGAAGUGUACUCAACAUUCAGUUCUUGUUUUAUUUCAGUGCGAGACUGAUGUGCUUGACCAUAUUUGCUUUUUUGUGCUUAUUGCUACGGGAACAUAUAGGCUACCAAAUGUUGCUUAUUUAUUGUGUGAUCCAAUGUGAUUGUGCCCGGCAGCAAUAUAUGCCUCAGGACAGCGAGACAUUGUGCCGCUAAAAUUGCACAAUCUUGGACAUUCAGAACGCGCCAGUGCGCAACAGUUUUCGGCCACCGAAAGAAAGGGCAGCAGUGCAAGAACUGGGCACAUGUGCACACUUGCGCACUUGCACACUCCCUUCAGGAGCGUUUUUGGGAGCGCCGCAGCGGUCUUAACGUAUUGAUAUCAGCAAUGUUUUCACUGAAGUAAUUUGUUAAUGUAAUCUGCAAGAUUACAACUACUAAUGUUAUUCAAUUGGUGUGUUAGUGAAAGGUCGGUCUGCUGCGUUACACGAUAGGGCUUACACUGCUAACGAAAUUUUACUCAUUCAACCGUAGCAGUCUCGCGAGUGCAUCAAAGUCGAGCAAUUUCAUCCUGUACAAAUGGCUUUCAUGCACUCUAUAUAUGUAUCUUUAAGCAGCCUAGCAUUGAUCAGCUGCUCGCACUUUGCUUUAUCUGGACUGCAUAGGAUAGCACUGCUGCAUUCUGUACUUUACUGUCGGGAACUUUUAUAGGCAGUACUUGUUUACUCACGUCUGUUGUUCUGUGGUUGCUGCCGCCGCCGCGGAGUGGUUCUGGUCUGAUGUGGCUGACCUAUAUUUAGAAAUGACAUAACUUGUAUCUACAGUCGCACACAAGUCUUGUGUCAUUUUACGGUCGCUAAAUGCAUUGUUGUUGAAGUGGCAUUUACUACAGUCGGAUCCACCUAGUCAAACUCGAACAUUCCACAUUGCUUUUUAAUGCAAUGAUCAUGCAUAACAUACAGCCUUGUGGCCUCAUGAUCAUGCGUGACACACAGCCUUGCAGCCUCCCACACAAUAGGAUUUUCAAAAAGUUCUUGUGAGUGGGUGGUUGCAGAGAGCUUGCACUAAUGUAUUUUAAGGUAGUUUGAAAAGCACUUAGUGCAUUGCAGCAGUCAGAGUGUUCUCAUCUGAAGGUAAUGUUAAUUUACUGCAUUCAGAUAUUAUACAUUUAUGUUUAAGCUUAUGCGCAUUUUUGUUCUUUAACAGCCCAUCUAAGAACUGCGCCUCAACUAGAAGAGUCCGGCAGUUUCGAAAUUAACAUGGUGCAAAUUAUUUUCAAGCUUGCCAGACCAACUUGCCCAAGCGUCGGCUUUAUGCUGCAUUCAUUUCAAGUAUCCAAGAGUAUUUGAAAAUAACGCUGAUGCACAUCUGUGUCAUUUCAUUAAGUGAACAGUUACUUUCGCUUUCCUUUGGUCACAUAAAAUUUACAGAAUUCUGAUGUAUUUUUUUCUCAGUUUGACAUUCCUGUACAUGUUCACUUUCUCAAGUAUGUUUGCUGUUGUGCAAAAAUUACUUUCACCCGAUGCAUAAAACGUACGCAUGAGGACAAGAGCGCCGUGUUUGUGCCCUUUCUUUGUCCCGUCUCGUAGCGCUGUUUUCUACGUGAAGAUGUUUCAUUUUACUUCGUGAAGUCGCGAGCAAAUGUUUGCACACCGCAACCGCGAAAAAUUAGUUCUAGCACAUCUCAAUACAAUGUACAUUGCUUUCACGGAACAGUGAGAUAUGGGCACUUAAGGCAGAGGGCUUCAUUUCACCAAGCAUGCCCAUGCUUCAAGCAUAAAAAGACUUGUCGACAACAUUUGUUCCCCAAACUCUUGCUCAUGACUGCACACACCUGUACAUAUGUGUUUUUUACUACUCACUAUUAUUGUAUGUGUUGGCAGUUACUGGUAGGGGCACAGACGUAGCCAAUCCGAAUAAGCAACCUUUGUGUUAACUCUUGUUAGGUCUACCUCAUGUGGUUUAAAAAGGAACUAAUGAUUCCAGCAGCCGUAUGCUUACCAGGGGCACCCUGGCUUUCUUGGUCGCCGGACCUGUACAAAUGCAGAAAAUGUUUUUCAUUUAUGGAGUGCCACGUCUUGAGUUAUUGCGCCUUACCCAGCAGCAGAAGGGAUAGCCAUGUCGGCUUCAUAGGUGCCUGCAGUAUAGAAAUGUAUGAAUCUCAAGGGCAUGCAAUGCAAGUCACAUUCGGUAAAGAAGCCAGUUCAAUCGAAACUAUUUAUUUUAGCUAUGCCGCUGCUUGGGAAAAUACGCUUUGUAUACUCGUAGGUUUCAGCAAGCAAUGACAGACAAUGUAAUACAAAACCACACAAUGUAAUACAAAGGGAAUGUUGCAGGACUGGUGUUUCGGAAAAUAGAUUUCUCUUUGUGAGGACAGCUGAAAUUGGAGCAUUGCAGAACAUUUUCACCCUAGUUUCUCACCUCUCUGUUACGCAUUGGGUACCUUCAUUAUAUUAAAACACGUCAUAAGUUAAACACUUUCAUUGGCCAUUUCGACUGUCACAGUAGUAUUACAUUUACUGCACACCAUUUUUCUUGCAAAGCUAAUUCCCUUGAUGCAGCAGUACCACUUGAAAGAUGGAAAGUAAAUACAACGACGUACAUAAAGCCAGCAGACCAUAACGAAUACCUAGUUUACAUUAGCCAACAGCAGCUAAAAGUAUCUGUCAGACAGGAAAUAGGCUGCUGCCCUGAAAAGUGAUUGUGAAAGGUUGCCUUGAGUGGCGUUUCUUGUUCGAUAUUGCACCAACGCAA